AUGACAGAACUGUCUGCUGAAGUCAGUGCACGAAUAUCAGUGGCCCGAAUGAAUUUUGCCAACUUGCAUCACUUGACCUUCCUUGGUAUCGAUGACGAGUCCUGUGUGAGAACGGCCAGUGGCUUGCUAGUUCCUGUAAGUUUCACCUGUUUCAACCCUCGAUGUAAUCCCACUGCAGCAGCGGACAAGCUCAUAAAGAUAUGGAAUGCUUAUGAUGGAAAUUUUGAGAAAUCCAUCAGUGGACACAAAUUGGGAAUAUCUGACGUUUCAUGGUCAUACGAUUCACGGUUCCUGUGCAGUUCAUCGGAUGACAAAACUCUGAAGUUGUGGGAUCUGGGCACAGGGAAGUGCCUGAAGACCCUCAAGGGGCAUAGCAACUACGUGUUUUGUUGUAACUUUAAUCCACAGUCCAAUCUGAUAGUUUCCGGUUCGGUACGUCUCUGUUGUGCUGCCUUCACACUUUACAAUGUACAGUUUGACGAGAGCGUAAAACUGUGGGAUGUGAAAACGGGCCGGUGUAUACGCACUUUACCUGCCCACUCAGACCCAGUUACUGCUGUAAGGUGACGAUUUUACGUUGCUAAUGCUUUCUCAGGUACAUUUCAACCGUGAUGGCGCACUAAUUGCUUCUAGUAGUUAUGAUGGACUUUGGUGAGUUGUGCGCAAGUUUUAAUGUUUCACACUCGUUUAGCCGAAUUUGGGAUACUGGAUCUGGACAGUGUCUAAAAACUCUUAUCGGUCAGUUAAUGUGAUGACAUUAACAUCAUUCCCUUAUCUAGAUGACGACAACCCUCCGGUAUCAUUUGUGAAGUUUUCUCCGAACGGAAAAUAUAUUCUCGCCGCCACAUUAGAUAGGUAAUCGCGAUAAACUCAUGGUAAUGAUAUGCUACUUGUAGCUGCCUUAAGCUUUGGGAUUACAGUAAGGGAAGGUGCCUUAAAGUUUACAGUGGUCACAAAAACGAAAAAUACUGCAUCUUCGCUAACUUCUCUGUCACCGGAGGGAAGGUAAGUUCUUCCUGUUUUAUAUGCUGAUCCGUCCAAGUGGAUUGUUGCAGGGUCUGAAGACAAUAUGGUAUAUCUGUGGGACUUGCAGACGAAAGAAGUGGUUCAAAAGCUCGAAGGUCAUACUGGUACUUCAGUGGUCUUGCUUUACACCUGUUUUCACCUUCAGAUGUUGUUCUCUGCACGGCUUGCCAUCCGCAAAUGAAUAUGAUUGCGUCGGCCUCGUUGGAGGGAGACAAAACCAUCAAAUUGUGGACGAGUGACAGUUGACAUUCUGUAUAUAAUAUAUGUUCUAUCCAUACAUUCUUGUACCAUUUUGACUUUUUUCUCGAUGACGUGGUGGCUGAGAAAUCCGGCUCUGAAAUGCGACCGGUAUCUAGUUUUGCUAACAGUGGCAUUGCCGUUGAAC